UGGAUCUCCCGGGCCCGCCGGCAGACGUUCAUCUUCACCGAUGGCGACGAUCCUGAGCUGCAGCUCCAGGCAGGCGGCCACGUGGUCAACACCAACUGCUCGGCCGUGCACACCCGCCAGGCGCUGUGCUGCAAGAUGUCGGUGGAGUAUGACAAGUUCAUGGAGUCUGGACGCAAGUGGUUCUGCCACGUGGACGACGACAACUACGUGAACCCCCGGGGCCUGCUGCAGCUGCUGUCCACCUUCUCCCCCAGCCAGGACAUCUACCUGGGGCGGCCCAGCCUGGACCACCCCAUCGAGGCUACUGAGAGGGUCCAGGGAGGUGGAACUGCGACCACUGUCAAGUUCUGGUUCGCUACCGGCGGGGCCGGCUUCUGCCUGAGCCGGGGCCUUGCCCUCAAGAUGAGCCCGUGGGCCAGCCUGGGCAGUUUCAUGAGCACAGCCGACCGGGUGCGGCUGCCGGACGACUGCACGGUGGGCUACAUCGUGGAGGGGCUGCUGGGCGCCCACCUGCUGCACAGCUCGCUAUUCCACUCCCACCUGGAGAACCUGCGGAGGCUGCCGCCCGACGCCGUGCUCCAACAGGUCACCUUGAGCUACGGGGGCCCCGAGAACCCACGUAACGUGGUGAGCGUGGCCGGAGGCUUCAGCCUGCAGCAGGACCCCACACGGUUCAAGUCCGUGCACUGCCUUCUCUACCCAGACACAGACUGGUGUCCUGUGAAGAAGCAGGGUGACCUCGCCUCUCAAUGACCCCUUACCCCCCAGCCAGGGUGGCUCUGCCCCAGGGGCAGGUGCAGGAACAGUGCUUUGCCCUGCUGACCUCGCUCCACUCCCAGAGGCAGCCUAGGUCACGCCCACCCCACACCCAGACUCCUGGAGCUGGGCACUGUGCAGGCACGGACAGGCCCGUGUGACUAAGUGCUUUGGGGGAGCAGGGACAGUGCUGCCCACCCUGCACAGAGGGUGCAGAGGCUCUUGUGCAGGCUGCUUCUCCUCCCAGCCUCUCCGAGGCUCGCUCCCGCCAGGAGUGUCUGCGCCCUGGUGUGCGGGGGGCCGGGGGGAGGGGGGACUGGCGUCCGGCUCCCUAGACUCUGUCCUGCCCUCCUCAGCCCGCUGGAGGGGCCCAGGCCGGCGUUACGUGGGGAAGCUCCCCUUCACCCCACUCUGGGCUUGGUGCCCGAGAGGCAACCAGAGGGGGCUUCACGGUCUCCGGGGAGUAGCACUCAAGGACUCAGGGCCCCCGGCUAGUCAUGCUGUGUAUCUCCAGGCAGAGGCCACCUUCCUGCCUCUGCCCCUGCCCCCCCAAGGUUCCUCAGCGAGACCUCCAGACCCCUUUGCUAGGGACCUUGAAGACUCCUGUGUUCCAGCUUCAUGUUUGUUGUCUGCUCCUGGCCCCAAGCCCCUCAAACAGCAGCCGCUCUGGGCCCCUCUGCAGUGUGACCGCGCCCUCCAGGUGGCUCCCCGCCUCCCCUCUGGAGGGCAGGAUGGAGGGGGUUCGGCCGCUGCCUCUGGCCUCCCGUUGCGUCUUCAGCAGGUGAAUAAAGGCUCGACUGUU